UGCUGCAGCAGGAGAAUGACCAUGGAGAGGAGUCAGUCAGCAUUGGGAGCGUGGCUGGAGGCGGUCGCUAUGAUGGCCUGGUGGGAAUGUUUGAUCCCAAGGGACGGAAGGUGCCGUGUGUGGGGGUCAGCAUUGGGAUUGAGCGGAUCUUCUCCAUCCUUGAGCACAGAAUGAAGGCUUCAGGGGAGAAAGUCCGAAUGACUGAGACACAAGUGAUGGUGGCUACACCUCAGAAACAUUUACUCAGUGCAAGACUGAAGCUCAUCUCUGAGCUCUGGGAUGCAGGAAUCAAGGCAGAAAUGAUGUACAGAAAGGACCCUAAACUGCUAAAACAGCUGCAGUAUUGCGAAGACAUGGGCAUCCCCCUUGUUGCCAUUAUAGGAGAGCAGGAGCUGAGGGAUGGAGUUGUCAAGUUGCGAGAUGUUGCAACAAGAGAGGAGGUUGAUAUCCCAAGAGAACAGCUUGCUGCUGAGAUCAGAAGAAGGCUGGUGCCCUAGCACUUUCCUGUCCUGAGCUGCACAACUGGAAACCCCACUGCCCAUAGCCAUUACCUUCCUGCUCCUCAAAAUCCCGUGAUUAGGAUUGCGUGGCAGUCUCAGGCCAUGGCAGCGGGCAGAAGGAGCAAGCAGGUUUUAAAAAUCACGUGUAGUGCCAUACCUUGGUUAACGGCUGCUGGCCAGGCUGAGCUUCUGUGCCCUGAACCAGCAUGAUGUGAGGCUGAGCAGGGGGUCAGUGCUGGCGGACGAGGUGGCACAGCGAGGGCAGGCAGCCACGUGGCACAGCAGAUACAGCCAGUGAAAGCCGAGCCCCUGCUUGCCUCGGGGCAGGGCUGGCUGCGCACGGCAGCACCUCUCGCCUUACGGACGGGGCUGUGCUGCUGCUGGGAAGCUGCAACGCGGCCUGUGAGCGCUGUGAGGAGCCGGCCGCGCUGUGCAGCCAGGCGGGGCUGCGGGCAGCCGAGGGCCGCUGAUGGUGACCGCCGGCGUGGGGUCGGGUGAGACCUGACCCUCAGCGCCGGGAGCACGGGGCUGCGGUGCUCCUAUAGGGGGUGGGCGGCUGGAACCUCGUUGUAUGUUAGGAAAUAAAACAGAAA